UCCGCGGUGCUGAACGGACAGCUCCUCCGCUCCCUGACAUCUGCAGACAUGUUCACCAGGAUGCUAAAACUGAGACUUCUCAAUGCUGUGGCACCCGCGUACUUCUUCAUGGCUACAGCAGUCACCUUCAUUCUGCACUUCUGCUUCUUCAUCCCAACCAUCUUCCCAAACCCGGACACGUCACUGAGGGGGUCUACGACUCUUCACACUGUUGUUUUUCUCUUCUUGAUGUUCAACGCUCUGGGAAAUUACAUAAUGACCAUCAAAUAUCCCGCUGAAAGCGCGAACGAGACUGCGGUUCCGGUGUGUUCGCCGCACUGCUCGGACAAAGUGGACGCGCACUACCUCCUGAACGGUCGCCACUUCUGCAAGCUGUGUAAGAAAGUCAUUCUCAAGAGGGAUCACCACUGCUUUUUCACAGGAAACUGCAUCGGCAACAAGAACAUGCGCUACUUCAUCAUGUUCUGCAUCUACACAUCAUGCACUUGUUUGUACUCCUUGGUUCUCGGUGUGGCCUUUCUAACAGUGGAGUACUCCAUCUCCUUUGAGAACCCGCUGACCUUCCUCACUCUUCUCCCCCUCUCCACUGGUUACUUCUUCAUGGGAACAAUCUCAGGCUUGCAGUUGUUCCUGGUGCUGAUGCUGUACGUGUGGCUGGGCAUCGGCCUGGUCUGCGCAGGCUUCUGCUGCCAGCAGGUGCUGCUGGUGGCCCGGGGACAGACCUGGUGUCAGAUGCAGCGGGGGCAGCUCGUGGAGAACCGCAGCCCCUGGAUAUCCAACCUCAAGGACGUUUUUGGUACCCGCUGGAUCCUUGGCCUUAUCCUGCCUGUGCAGACAGUGGAGACGUGCUCUGAAGACACAGGUGCACACAAACAAGACUGA